GCUCGCGGCGUUGGGGCUGUUAGCUAGCCGUUAGCUAAACAGCCAUAGAUAUAACAUUUUUAUAAUCUGCACAUUAUUUGCUUUAUUUCUUGCAUGGUGGUGGUCAGUUUGGCCCAGUAGAAGCCACUAAGCCCAGACGCGGUGAGCGAUGGAACCAGCCUGCAGAAAGGACAAACAGAAACAGAAGGAGACUCCUACGCGAGGAGACCGAGCUAGGCAGAAAUCCGCCCAGCAGGAGCUGAAGCAGAGGCAGAGGGCAGAGAUUUACGCACUGAACAAGGUUAUGACAGAACUUGAACAGCAGCAGUUUGAGGCCUUCUGCAAGCAAAUGCAGUCACAAGCUGAAUGAAGACGAGUUAGAAGAUUCACACCACCAAGGACAGACCCAGAUGAGCUAGAAGAUACAUACCACUGAGGACAGACCCAGAAUAGCUAGAAGAUACACGCCACUGAGGACAGAUCCAGACGGCCUUACCAUACUAACCUUGUGGGGUCCAUGGGUUAACAAAAUAACUUUUUUUGUGUGUUGAGGUAAACGAAGUUAAUACAACAUUGGCUCAGCAGUGUACCAACUUUGUGAUACAAACUCAGGGCCUGGAUUCACAAAGUAUUUUAAAGUUCUUUAAUGGACCUUUGCCACUAUGUGGUUAAAAGCAGAUCUUAGACUGAGGAUCUUUGUAAAUAUCCCAAGUGCAGAACCAUGUUACUGGUUUUUGUAACGUUGGCCCAAGUGCCGCAGGGCGCGGAACAGGACGCACAGACUCCCUUGACUUAGUGAGACGUUUAAUGACAUAGAACAUUGAUGACACUUGCGGCACUCACACAACAACGAACAGUAGACAGGAACAACGACAUAUCAGGCUAAUAUUGGCUACACACACAAUAACACUAACGAUAAUGACCAACGACAAGGCACACACAGAGGCGGGGGUUUAAAUAGUCAGAGGAACACUUAACAUCAACCCCUGCACAGGUGUGUGCCAUCAAACUAUGGUGAACCCCCCUGCAUGCGGCAGGCCGUACCACGCGACUCAUGGGGGAGGGGUGGGCAUUCCAUGACAGUUUUACUACCGUGGUAUAGGUAAGUAUACGUUCCGAUAAUCCGUCAGUUUGUCCAACAUAGUGCAUCUUGCAUAAUAGUGAUCCAAUGCACAGAGUAUUGAGUGUGUGUUUGUUGUAUGGUUUCAGGACAAAGUACUUCGAUCAGAAUUAAUGGACAAUCAAAGAACAGAUGAAAAUAUCAGUAUUGUAUGGUUUUUGAACAAGUUUUGCAAUUAUACCAAAAUGAUCAAAUUGUUUCAUAAUAAACCACUCCAGUCUCUAUAAAGACUCUAAAAGCAACAGUGAAUGAACACAAGGUUAAAUAUAGGUGCAACUGUCCACUACCAUUAAUACCCAAAAAGGUUAGUUGAAUACUAUUUAUCAUAAAAGGAAUCAUUUGCGUGAUGUACAGUUCUAUUAUGUUCUGUGUUGGUUUUAAGCGCCUUGUAUUACAACUCACUAUUGCACGUCCUUUUUAAUGUAGAUUGUGGAGUAUUUCUGGUGUGAGAUACCUGGUCUCUAUGAUUUUGGCUAGUUUCCAAUAACCCAUAAAAAAAAAAAUCUGAAUGACAUUCACAUUACUCAUGUUCAUCUCGUUUUCCUUUUGAUUAAACUCACUGAUGAUU